AUGGGAAGUAGAAAUAACACUAACGUGUCUGACUUCAUCCUCGUGGGAUUGACAGAGUCUGAGGAGAUCCAGCUGUUCCUCUUUAAUCUCUUUCUCCUGAUAUACUUGAUUACUGUGCUGGGAAAUGCAGGGAUGAUUCUGACAAUUCACCUGGAUCUCCAGCUGCACACCCCUAUGUAUUUUUUCCUCAGUCACCUGUCAUCUCUUGAUCUCAGUUACUCAACUGUCAUUACCCCUAAAACUUUAGAGAACUUACUGACUUCCAAAAAACAUAUUUCAUUUGGGGGUUGCUUCAGCCAAAUGUACUUUUUUAUCACCUUGGCUGCCACUGAAUGUUUUCUUCUCUCUUCGAUGGCCUAUGACCGCUACGUGGCUAUCAGCAAACCUCUACAAUACCCAGUUAUUAUGUCCACUACACAUUGCUGCUCCCUCAUCAUGGCAUCCUACAUGAUUGGCUUUAUUGAUUCCACUGUCAGUGUGAUUGGCAUGAACACUCUGCAUUUCUGUAACUCCAAUGUAGUCCACCACUUUUUCUGUGACACAGCCCCAGUAUUAGCCCUCUCAUGCACUGACACACAUAAUGUUGAGAUCGUAAUAUUCACUUUUGCUUGUUUCACUUUAGUAGCAUCUGCCAGCAUAGUUGGUGUAUCCUAUGUUUCCAUUGUCUCUGCUAUCCUGAAGAUCAAUUCCACAUCAGGAAAGAGAAAAGCCUUUUCUACCUGUGCCUCCCACUUCCUGGGAGUCACCGUCUUCUAUGGUUCCAUGAUGUUCACUUACGUAAAGCCUAGUAGGUCCUACACCUUGGGCAAAGACCAAGUGGCCUCUGUUUUUUAUAGUAUUGUCAUCCCUAUGCUGAAUCCACUCAUUUAUAGUCUUAGGAACAAAGAAGUGAAAAAUGCUCUCAUUAGAAUUAAGAAGAAGAGAGGGAGCAGGAGGCUUUUAUGA